UGUCCUCAAUCUGUGCCUGCCUGGACCGGAGGACAGGACCGGACGGCCCCUCUCUGCUCCACUCCCACUAAACUUUAGUCCUGAAAUCAACCAGUACCAAGGCUGUGAACUGCACCACCUUUUACUCACUGGUCUGGAAAAUGAGCCAGUGUUCUUCAGAGUGAAUCCGUUGGUUGUUAGUCGGACUUAAUCCUAUUCUCAGAGGGAUUUGAAAGUAUCUGCUGCUGCUGCGAUGAGUGAAAACCCAGACCCCGACUCCAACAAACUGGAGUGUGUGAUCCAGAAGCUGGAGGAGAGUGUUUUGUCUGAGGAGAAGAGGCUGACAGUCCGGGGCCCUUCACCAGAUGCCCCCCCUACAUGCCUACCCGCAAGAGUCCGGGAGAUUGUCACAAAGAACCUCAACGAUAGCUCAGCUUCAGGAGCAGGAGCCAUGUCCUCGGUCAUGUCGCUCCAGGAUGAAAACCGGGUCCUGCAGGGAGAGCUGGCCCGGCUGGAGGACCUGCUGGCACAUAGCAGAGCGGACCGGGAUGAGCUGGCCAUCAAAUACAGCGCUAUUAGUGAGAGGCUGGAGCAGACGCUACGUUUUGAUUCAGGAGAUGGAGACCGUGAUUCACUGGAGUCCCGCAGCCUGGCUCAGCAGAACGUGGAUUUACGAAGACGUCUGGAUGAGGAACAAGCGGCCUACAAACGUAAACUCACCGCGUACCAGGAGGGUCAGCAGAGGCAGGCCCAGCUCGUGCAGAAGUUACAGGCCAAGGUGCUUCAGUAUAAAAAACGGUGUGGGGAUCUGGAGCAGAUGGUGCAGGAGAAGUGCUCAGAGAUGGAAAAACACAGGCUGAGUGUCCAUAGUGAAACAUCAAAUGGCCGCAAUCCAGACGAAUCAAGCAGCAACCUGGAGGACGCUUUAAUCCGUCUGGAGGAAGAACAACAGAGGAGCAGCAGUUUGUCUGCUGUGAAUGCCAUGCUCAGAGAGCAGUUGGAGCAGGCCGGUUUGGCCAAUGAGGCUCUGAGCCAGGACAUCCGCAGGCUCACUGCUGAUUGGACGAAAGCCAGGGAGGAACUGGAACAAAAGGAGUCUGACUGGAGGAGAGAAGAAGAGUCUUUCCACAGUUACUUCAGCAGUGAGCACGGCCGUCUGCUGACGCUGUGGCGACAGGUCGUCUGGUUUCGGAGGCACAUCUGUGAACUGAAGAGUGCCACUGAAAGAGACUUGUCAGACAUGCGUAACGAACUGGCUCGAGCAUCCCACUCGACUCAGCUGUCCUGCGCAGGUCUAUCUGCUGCGAUGCACAGCCGGGAGGGAGGGGCAGCCCUGGCCAUGGAGCGGGAGAAGGCUCUGAGGGUUCAGCUGGAGCAGCAGCUGAGAGACCGAGUGGCAGAGAUGAUGAAUCUGCAGACCAGGACUGAUGCAGAGAGGAGUGAGCUCAACCUCAGGUUGUCGGAGUCAGUGCGAGAAGGAGAGAGACUAAAGAGCCAAAUGGAAGAAAAAGACAGAGAAAUUGUUAUCUUGACGAGGAGGCUUGAGGAGCAGAGUGGUAAUGAUGAGACAGAUAUGCAGAUGAUGAAAGCACACACUGAGACACUGUUAGACACACUGAGAGACAUCGCUCAGACAAUUUUGUCCGAUGGUGAAUCGUCUUCAGAGGCAGACCAGGACAACUUUGGGGCUCCCCUUCAGGCCCUGAUCCACGGCUCCUCCCCUCACUGCUCCUCGUCUCCUCGGAGGUCAUCCUCUCCAUCUCGGUUCUCCUCUCUGACUCCUCCUCCAGAGGCAGCGCUGUGUGCUCUGCGUUCUGCAGUCACAAACAGGCAGCUCCAGUUGCAGGAUGCUCGAGGGCGUCUGGUCUCUGCUCAGUCAUCAGUCCAGCAGUUACGAAAGCAGCUUUCAGAGACUGAUUUGGCUAAAAGAGAUGCCGAACAGAAAAAUCAAGUACUGCAGAGGGAGAGGGACACCACACAGAGAGAGAAGGAGACCACCCUGAGAGAAAAGGACCGUCUGAAGCAGGAGAGAGACGCCCUGGCCAGUGAGAAGGUGAGUUUGGAGAAAUCUGUUCAGGCGGCACAGAGCAGCAACCAGAUCCUGCAGAUGGACUGUGAGAAGCUUCAGCUGGCUGUGGCGUCCAUGCAGCGAGAACGGGAUCAUGAGAAGGAGGAGAAGGAGGCUGCCAUUCAGGAGAGAGACCGGGCGAAGGCAGAGACUCAGAGAAUACAGAGGCAGUGGGAUCAGAGUGAGAGUCGAGCCUCUGCUCAGCGUGGGGAGUUGUCUGCAGUGAAGGAAACCCACCAGCAGGGGGAGGUUGAACGACAGCUGCUGGAGCGAGAGAGGACCCAACUGUCUGAAGCACUUAGUCGAGCUGAGAGUCGUAAUGCAGAACUGUCUCUGCUGCUGAACAAACUUCAGUCUGAGGAUGCAGCUCUCAGAGACUCUCUGGCCAAAAUGGGCAACCUGAAUGAAGGUCUGGCCCAGGACAAAACUGACCUGAACACCUACAUCUUCCAGUUGGAGGAGGAGAGGGCCCAUCUUCAGGCUCAGAGGCGGGAGGCGGAGCAGGAGAAGCUGACCAUCAGAGACGAGCUGGUCCGGUUGGAGCAGGAGAGGCUGGAGAUGGACGCCGCCCGCAUCACACUGCACCAGUCGCUGCAGGACGCCGAGCUGAGCCGGGUGGGGAUGGAGGCAGAGCUCCAGAGCCUCAGGACCGACAGACUCAAGCUGCAGGAAAAAGUCACACAGCUUUGUGGUGAAGUGACUUCUCUGGGUUCAGAGUUGAGUCUUGCCAAAGGAGAAGGCCAGAGGAAUGAAGUGGCCUUAGAGGAGGCCGGUCGCAGUCGAACAGAACUGGCCCGAGACAAAGCAGCGCUGGUGGUGCAGCUGACGGCGUCUGAGAGAGAAAACACGAUGCUGUCGGAGGAGCUGGCUGCCUUCAGGUCUGAGAGGGAGUCUUUAGAAACCAGUCUGUUUGAGGUACAGCAGCAGCUUGUUCAGGUGGAGUCUCGCAGAGAGCAGCUAGAAUCCGAAAACCAAAGCCUUCGUAUUCGCUGUGAGACUGCAGCAGCUGAACUGAGGCGUGUACGCUCAGAUGGGGAGAAUUCACUGGCUCAGGCUGAGAGGGAGAAACAGGCUCUGACUCAGACUCUAAAUGCUGCACAGCUGGAGGCCCAGCAGAGUUUACACAAGGCCAUCUCCGAACAUCAGGAGGAGGUGGAGAGACUCAUCUCAGAAAAGGAAGUCCUGCGCCACAGUCUGCUCAUGGAGCAUGAAGUCACUCUGCGAAAGCUCAGACAGGAGAUGGACGAUGAGCUCCACAGAGCCCAGAGAGGACGAGAGGAGCUCCAGGAUGAACUGAGGAGUCUCCAGCAUGAUAGAGAUCAGAGUCUGCUGCAGGCGGAAACUGAGAAACAGCAGGCUCUGUCGCUGAAGGAGGCGGAGAAAACAGUUCUGUCUGACAGGAUGUCCAGUCUGCAGGCCGAGCUGUCAGCUGCAGCCCUGGAAGCUGAACGAAUGACCAGAGAAGCAGCACUUGCCAAAGAACAGGAGCAGAUCAGAGUUGGAGCUCUGACCAAUGAGCUGCUUGAACUUCGCUCUCAUCUUGAGGAUUUGGCCUCAACUCAUGAAAGGGAGCUUCAUGGGCUCCGUGAAACCUGUACAGACCUACAGUCACGAGCUGAUGUGGCUUUCAAAGAGUUGGAACAGUGCAGAACUUCUCUCUCAACCAGCGAGGACACCCGAGACCAACUUAGGAGAGACAUACUGGAGACUGAGCGUCGUCUUAACCAAACACAGGAUGCAGCAGAUAACUACAGGAGAGAAGUGACGGAGCUACGACGAAGCCUCGGUGAUGUUACCAAAGAGAGGGACACCCUGAGCCAGUCCAACACUCAGCUGAGAGAAACUCUACGGAGUGCCGAAACAGAGAGGAUCAGCGCGAGACGACAGUGUGAGGAGAAGGAGCAGAGGUUGGCUGUGCUGGAGGAGAAUCUGUCAUCGACUCAGAAGGAGGUGACGGAGCUGCGCAGCUGCCUGAGGGAAGUGGAAAGGUCACGACUCGAAGCUCGCCGAGAACUGCAGGAACUCCGCAGACAGCUGAAGGUGUUGGAUGUAGAGAAGGAGCAGAAAGGGAAGGAGGUGGCGGAGUUACAGACUCGGCUGUCAGUGGAGGAGCAAAGGGAAGAGGAGAGAGGAAGGGAGGUUUUCACCCUCAAACAGAAGUUAACAGACGCUGAAACAACACGGGAUUCCCUAAAAAAAGAGUUGUCCCUGGUUCAGAAGCGUCUGGUGGACUCAGAGUCUGGCUGGAGGAGCUGUGAGAGAGAGCUCACCGCUCAGCUGCAGGAGGCGCGUGGCUGCGAGAAGAAGCUGCAGGAUGAAGCUAAAAACCUGUCUGUACGCACUCAGUCGGCCCAGGACUCCGCCGCUCAGUCCAGCCUGCAGCUCAGUGAGGCGCAGGGCCGACUCGCCGCCACCGAGGCAGAGCUGGCCCGGGCCGAGGCCGGGAGGAGGGACCUGGAGUUCCGCCUCAGCAGCCUCCAGUCGGCGCUGACCCGAACGCUGGGCAUCGGAGCAGGAGGCAGAGGAGGCAGAGGGAGGAGCCCCGGGGGGAGUUCAGCAUCACCAGGCUCUAUGUCCCGCCACCACAGCAUCUCCCCCCUACGCGCCUCACUGUCUCCACCUAAAGGUCAGAACUCUGAUACUUUUACUGAAUUCCUUUUUACAGAAUGUCAAGUAAGCACCCCUGAUAAUACUUUUGGUUCGGGACCUGUGUCUCCUGAGAGAGGAAACACUCCACUUCCUCUGUCUCAGCCAGACCUGGAUCCUGAGACUCUACGAAGUGGACUGAGAGACUUCCUCCAGGAGCUGCGUGAUGCACAGAAAGAGCGGGAUGAUGCUCGAUGCCAGAUGGGGACCUUACAACGGGAACUGGAGGAACUUAAAGGGGAGAGAGACUCUGCACAGAGCCGCCUUUCUCAGACACAAAACACUUUACAGGAAUAUCUAGAAGGGAAGAGACUAGUGGAUGAGCGUCUGACGUCCACUCAGACUCUACUCCAGCAGCAGGAGGAGACGGUGAGGAGAGGAGACAGAGAGAGACGAGCUCUGACAGACCGGCUGAGGGAUUUAGAGCGAGCGCUGCAGGCCUCUGAGACGGAUAAGAAACACACCCAGGAUCAGUUGAAUAAGCAACGAGCUGCUGAAAUGCGCCUGGAGGCAGAGAGGAGACGCCUGCGGGAGGCGCUGGAGGCAGCUGAAGCCAGGGCCACCAGAGUGGAGCUGGGGAGGCGCAGUCUGGAAGGGGAGCUGCAGAGACUCAAGCUGAGUCUGGGAGACCGGGAGGCAGAGAGCCACGCCUCCCAGGAACGCCAUGACUCUCUGCUCAAACAGGUGGCUGAAGGUGAAGCCCGAGUGUCUCUGCUUCAGAGAGAGGUGGACAGGCUGAGUCAGGCUCUGCUCAAAGCACAAGAAGGUGAAUCUUUACUCAAAGAGAAGACCACUUCACUCAACGUGACCCUGCAGGAGGCGUCAGCGGCUCAUAGCAGCACCCAGAGUCGAAUGGCUGCUCUGCAGAAGAGUCUGAGUGUGGCUGAACAGGACAAACGACAUCUACAGGAACGAAUUGAUGAAACCAGGGCGUCAUUAGCUGAAGGGAGGAGACACAUGGCUGCCCUCACUGAGCGUGUGCAAAGCCUGGAGAGUGAACUAAGACAGAGUGAGGCGAGGCGAGAGGAGCUGGAGGCGGAGCUCGCCAACACACAAGAGAGUCUGCGUCAGCGUUCGGCCAGUCUUACAGAGGCUCAGCGCAGCAUCCAAUCUACCCAGGCAGAACGGGCCGCUGUAGAGGACCGACUGCGUGGGCUGCAAAGAGCGGUCGCCAUGCUUGAGACGGAGAAAAAAGAUGCAGAGAGACAAGCUGUGAGGCUGGAGAAAGACAAAAAUGCACUGAGGAAUACACUGGAUAAGGUUGAACGUCAGAAGCUGAAAACUGAAGAAGGCAGCAUGCGUCUGACUGCAGAGAAAAGCCGUUUGGAUCGUUCUUUAAACACUGCAGAACAGGAGCUGCAGGAGGCACAACAGCAGAUACUGAUGCUGCAGACUCAGAUGGCUGAGAUGGAGCAAUCACACAGUUUGUGUGAGAAUUUAGUGAGGCAGCGUGACGAGGCCAGACAGGAGGCAGAGAAACUGAAGACCAGUUUCAGAGAGGUUGAACGAACUCUGGGCACCAGAGAGCGAGCUCAUCGACACCGGGUCAAAGGCCUGGAAGAGCAGGUGUCCACUCUGAAGGAGCAGCUGCAGCAGGAGAUAAAACGGCGGCAGCCUUCACUUCCGUCCACUUUACUGCCGGCAGGAAAGUGAUGCAGCUUAAAACCAGAAGCACCAGCACAUGAAGAUUUAAUCCAGGGAAAACCAACUUAAUAUGAAUUUUUGAAGCAAUAUUCACCCACAGAAACAUUCCCCAAAGCAGUCCUAACUAAGCUUUAUUGUUUUGUAUUUCAGUGUGUGGCACUGAAGGCACUACUGUCUUUUUGAAGGUGUUUUAUUGUUACAGUAUUGUACAGUGAGGAACAUUUAUCUCAACCGGCAGCACACUUAGAGCACGUAGCUGUAGCGUGAACGCCAGCAGCCUGCUGAUUACUGGCAACCAUCUGUACUUGAUCCCUGCUCAACAUCUUCUCAAACUUCCUGCUCUUAUUCAAGAAGAAACCCAAAUCACCACAGGAUUCUCCUCCAGACAGAAUCUGGAUGUAGUGCAGGAACGAAAAUCACAGCUCUGCCAGUUUCGCAGUUUGGCCUCAAUUCCUCGACAUUUAUGUUAACAGUUGAGGACACAAAGAGAAGGAAGGAAGGUCUUCAUUGUGUGUGUGUGCCAGGAAACUAACAAAAUGACCAUAAUGAAGGAGCUGCGCUGUAUCUUUUUCCAGCUACAGGCGUAAAGACACUGUGAAAGGACUCAGACCACAAGCGAUGAAGAACUGCAGUAUGAUAAUAAACCUGAAGUUUAUGUUUUUCAUUAGUUAUUUUUAGUUUUAUUAGUUGUAUUAAAGUUUUUAUUGACUGCAUGAAGACAGACAAACUGACAUAUCAACCUAGAUGAUUAAUAGUAGGGAUAUGAUUUGUAUGGACAACACACAUGGAAGCCACAUGUCUGCAAGAAAAUAAACUCACUCUGCUCCAUAA